UGUGGAGGUUGUAGUGCUAUAGCACUGAGCCGACUCAAUUGGGUGAAGGAUUCAAAAUGUCGCAGUGCAACUUCGCCAGACUGACUCACGGUCUUGUACGACCAGCGUGUAAGAGCGUAUAGAACAAAUAUCUUGGCUCACUCCUCGCAAGGUCGACGUCUUGAUCUGCUAUUGAUAUUCAUUUUUCUACCGGUUCUAGUUCCUCGCCUUUCAGGUUAUUACCGUUUCAGCCAGCAAGCGCAUCUCUUGGAAGAGGCGAAACAUGGUGAAGGAAACAGAAAAAGGGCAAGUUUCGGGCACGGCGGCGUCUUUUGCGCACGUCUGGCAGAGCGAGCGGCUCGUGUUCCGGGCAAUUGAAGACGACAACGAGGACAAGACGUUCCUCUGGAAACACAUUGACAACGACCCCGUCAUCGCGACGCUCGGCUUCGGGCGCCUCUGCGCGCCGUCGACUAAGAGCUCGCUGGCGCAGUCGGUGAACUCCAACAGCAUACUGAGGGUGUGUUUCUGUCUGAAGCCCGCCGCCGAGGAUGCGGCGGCGGCAGCAGACCAGAGGCUUGCGCCCAUAGGCAUCCUCAACAUGUGGCCCAAGUACCACGCGCACAACCGCGGCGGCGAGAUCUCCGUUAGCGUGUCGGCGCCGUUCCGCGGCAAGGGCUACGGCGGCGAGGCCAUCAACUGGGCGCUCGAUUGGGGCUUCCAGCGCGGUAACCUGCACUGCAUCAGCCUCGCGGCGUUUGACUUCAACCCAGGCGCCCUCGCGCUGUACCGCAAGCUCGGCUUCGUCGAGGAGGGCCGCAACCGCGACGCCGUCUACUUUGAGCGCAAGUGGCACGACAUCAUCUUGUUCAGCAUUUUGGAGGGCGAGUGGGAGCAGCUCAGGGCCCUUGGCAAAGACGGGGGCAGUCGGUAGCGGACUUAGCCGGCAAGCUCCGAGCCGGAGCGGCCGACUGCGAGUCCAUGACUCGGCAUUUUUAUAUCAUUAAUAGUUUUGUAGAAAAAUAUAUCAACUCCUCUGGCCGCGUUGGACCAGAUUUAUAGUCCAAAGACAACAGAUGAAAAAGACUCAAACGUCGCUGCAGAUCAGCGAUGCCAAGAUCAAUUGCCCACCCCUAAAAGCGGCAUUUGGC